GUCUAUAUCUGGUAGCCUACUCCAUAAGGCCAUGGUUUAUGUAUGGAUUUCAGAAGCUAGAAGAUGGUGUGCUGCAGAUAUCAAAUUCGCUGAGGUUGUCUAAAUCAAAUGCACAAAUUGCCCCAGAAUUGCAUACAGUCCCUCAAAGUGUGGCCUCAAUAAUCUCCAGAAGUUAUUAAUCAAUUGUACCUUCUUAUGAGCACAAGAAGAAAAUAUUAAUUAUAUACUCAGGAACAAUGUUAUGAUUAUUUUUAAUUUUAAUUCAUUUUAAAUAUCACUGAAUUGAAACAGCAUUUAAUUUUUGUACUGAUUCCUCCAACCACUAUUUCUGGUUUGCACCCCAUUCCCUAGCCUGCUACACAAAAGCCAAGAAUGGCCCUCAGCACAGAAAAUAUUGCACACUCUUUGCUGAUGUACAAAGGAUGCAGUAUUUGUAUAGGGAUAUAAAGUUAAUAUUUUUUUUUAUUUUUCUAAUAAACAGCUGCAAGGUCAAAAGAAGGUGACAGGUAAAUAAGUUUGAAUGCUGGAAACAUGUGAUUUCAUUACAGUGGAUCUGCCAGCUGGGUGAAUAUUUUCUAAAAAGGGCACAGAGCCCGAGUAGCUGUAACCCAUCCCCUGCAUAUUAAACUUUGCUUGGAGAAAAGUCUCUAGAGCAGUGCUUCUCACCCUCAGCAACUUUAAGAAAUGUGGCUUCAACAUCCAGAAAUCCCCAGCCAGAAUUCUGGAAGUCGAAGCCCACAUAUCGUAAAGUUGCUGCGGUUGAGAAACACUGCUCUGGAGGUUUCUGAGGUAGCCCCACCACAUGCAUCGGAGAGUUCAGUUCCCAACCAUUCCCAACUAAGUCAAAGCCUGUUCUGUUCUGGACAAGUCUUACUUUGUGGACUCACCAAGACAGACCUCCAUCAACGAUUAAAUCCUUCCUUCUAGCAGUCUAAAGCUUUUCAAAGCUGAAGCUUCAGUUAUAUCUGGAUUUCAAAAAUGUUACUAAUAACUUCAUUUAGGCUGUCUAUUUUUUUUAUAAAGAUAGUAAAGGUAUUCCUGUCUAAUGUAUUUUUUUUCCUGUCAGGCAGAGGACAUGGUGAAAGGGCAGGCCUUUCUUGUUCUGUGGGCAUUUACAAUUGUGUACUUGGUUUCAUACACUGAUGCGUUUUCUCAUGGUGCCAGCCUUUCUGCAUGUUCUGAUAUGAGACCCAAACAUAUCAGAGCUCACCUUCAGAAUCCACAGAAUAAUUACAUUACUAUCCACACCAACACAUCCUUUUCUCCAGGUGACAAGGUACCAGUCACAAUCAGGAGUUCACGUGAUUUUAUGGGCUUCAUGCUUCAAGCUCGCAGGGUCCUGAAUGACCAAAUUGCUGGCACUUUUGUAUACAUUCCUCCUGGGUCCAAACUGCUGACUUGUUUUGAAGAUGGUGAUACUGUUACCCAUUCAGACAAAUCACUUAAGAGAAACCUGUCUUUUGUGUGGAAAGCACCAGAUCAGCCUAUGGGAGACAUCAGAUUCUUUUUAUCAGUUGUUCAGUCGUACUUUGUUUAUUGGGCAAAGAUUGAAUCAUCGACUGUUUCUCAACAAAUACAGAAUAGAACAAUUACUGAAAAUAAAGUUGUCUCCAGUACAAUUAAAUCAGCAUUACUUUGGGAGCUUAUUGAUCUAAAAGGAACAUUUAUUGUAGGAAAAAGGAGUUCUAUUCCUGAUACCAUAGUAACUCCAUUUGCAACAUUUACACCUACCACCAGCCUGAUUCAAAGUGAAGCAACACUGGCUUUGGACUCAACUUACCAGGGAAAACAAGUCUCUGAGUCUGGCAUCAAUGGAAACUUUCUUCCUGAGUCCUCUGUAGACAUGGUCACUUCAUAUGACAUAAUGCUCAGUAAUGAAACAAACAAAGGUGGUGAUUUCACUCUGGAAUCAUCCCUUCAGCUUCAGGAUCUGAAUUUCAGAGUGCAAGAUUAUUUUUCACGUAUUCCCAUAUCUCUGUUUUGUCUGACAUGUAAGGAAACCAUGCAGGAGACUUUUGUGACACCUACUCCAGAUGUAACCAAGUCUGCAUCUCCCAUUACAACUUCACCAUUGGUCCAGUUUUGGGACUCUCAAGUGCUUUCAGACCUGGAAAGAAUGCCAGAGUAUUUGGACAGAGGAGAGGAUACAGAUGUCUACCAAAGUUUAUCAGCAGUUUCAAGACAGAUAGCAAAUAAACAACUAAUAACACAGAAAGUUCCAGUAAAUUUUCUGCCCCAGGCUGAACUUUCAACAUCUGGGCAGCAGACAUACAAUCAGAAGGGGGUUCCUGGGAACACAAUCCUAAAGGUAACAAGGAGAAAACCCCAAGCUGCUGUUUCUGGAGUAGGAAAAGAAAAGUCACACAAAGAGUCACAACUUGUAGCAGCUCAACUUGGUGUUCUCCUUGGAUGCUCUGCUGUCCUUGGCAUGGUGCUAGCUGUUGGCUUCCGCUGCAUCCAUUCCCAGUAUUGUCAUAAGCGGACUGAAGUAUCUUUUAGUGAGCCAGACAACAAUGUCAUUGCACUCCAAGAUAGUGGAGAGAUGAUGCACUUCAGGAAGAUACGAGAAAACAGCUUUGUCUUGGUACAGGCAGAGUAUAACUGGAUCAGCCCUUCAAGUAGUGUAAAAAAAGCUGUUAUCUAAAGAGCCAGUUCACUGUGGUAUCUACCAGCUCAUUGUGGUGUCACUGUCAUUGUUCCUUUAUAGGUGAAC